AUGGAGACGAAACCAGUCGAGACCAAGGGCGUCCCUGAUCGCGCAAUUAUCAACCAGCAUGAUCGUGUUCAGCUCACCAACCCAGUAACGCCAGACCAUACCGUCUCACCAACACACCACAGCCUGAAAGAUUCACUCAACGAUCGCAGACACUCGGCCGCUGCAAAGGCGCGCAGGGUCUUGCAUAUCAGCAAGCCUUCGGACACGUCGACAACGAAUCCCAUCCUCGCAAACGACUCGACAGCCAAGUCGAACAGAUCUCGACUUGGCCAUGACCUGCCAGAACCGAGCAGCAUCUCGGUAGAUGCUUUGCUGCAUCAUCCAGUAGACACUAUCAAGGACAAGAUCUCUGCUCAGAGCAGUCAACAAGCAGCAGCCAACAUCGCAACCAAGGAAAUCUCGCAUGGACAAGAAGUGAAGCUGGUGCAAGCUGAGGACCGUGUUCAAGAAGCUGUGACUGAAAGAGAGAGGGAGAUUGCUGUGCAAGAGCGUGAUGGCCUCAUAAGGGAACGACAGAACAUUUACGUACGAUGGACCAUGGAUCGUCAUGUUGCACAGUGUCGCGUCAUGCCCAAGAAUAUCGCAAAGAAGAGUCGCUCAGAAUUCGAACACAAGACUCUUGAUGGACACACCGCCGUCGACUGGAGGGCAUAUGGAACUCACCUCGCACAAUACUACGCUCAACAGUACGGCGGUCAAUACAUCGGCUACGGUUCCAGUCCGCCCGAAUUGACCAAAGAAUCCAUCAUGCCAAAUGUCGAGCGAACCAUCAUCGCAUCUGCGCCUUUCCAAAGAUUUGUCAUGCGAAUAAGAAAAGUAUACAGAUGGGAAGACCCAGCCACAACGUCGACCGUCCUCGUACUCUACAUGACAUUGGUCUACUACAGUCUACUGCUGCCUAGCAUGCUGUCUGGUGUCGUCUAUUUGAUCUUGAGAAAGCGCUUUGUCGACAAGACGCUCGAAGAUGUUCGCACAGACCUCGAGCGUACCGAGGACCAGCAACAAGAUCCCCUCGACUUGACCGAGUUCAUCGAGAAGCAAGGAGACGGCUCCUGGCUAGAGAGACUCCAGGAAGUGGCGGGUCCGUGGGUCAUGGUUCAGCUUGCAGACAUCGCCAACAUGUUUGAGAUCCUACGAAACUUCUACGAAUGGAGAGUUCCUAGUAGAACUAUGGCAACUCUCUCGCUAUUCGUCGUUGGCAUCAUUAUCACCACUUUUGUCCCUACCUACGUCUUGAUCAAGUCCGCGCAGAUCGGCGCAGGAAUCGCCUUCUUUGGCUUGUUUCCUCUCGCGUCUAAUUUUCCAGAUUAUCGACUGCUUGCAUCGGUUCCCCGUCGAGUAUUCUGGAACAUACCCACGCAUGCUGAAUGGGCAAUCAAGUCACUACAAGACGAAGGUGACCACUACCAACAGAACGAGAACGUCGGCCUCGCAACCAGCACCAACAAAGACUACGGCUUCUACUCCGCCCAUCUCAACGGCGACAAAGGCCGCCUCAUCAUCAGUUCACGCUCAAUCAGAUUCGAAACAAACAUUGGCCAUCGAGUCAUCUUUGUUCUCAACUACGACCUGAUAUUCACGAUCGAGAAGAAGGAAAGGAACAAAAGCAAGUUGGCUCCUGUCAAAGACACCGGCAGAGACUUGCGUAUCUCGAGUAAACUCGAUGGUGAUAAAGAGUGGCUCUUGACAAAUAUGGAAGACCGUGAUCAGGCGUUCUCGCAGAUUGUGGGAUUUAGUAAGACGAGGUGGCAAGUGGCAUGGUAA